AUGCGUCAAUUGAAAUAUAAACUAACAGAUGGAAAUCCGACGGGACAAGGAAACUCAUCAAUAAAUUCCGCUGAAAAUAAUUUGUCUGCCAUUGUAUCGUCAUUACUUGAGCUACCUGGUCCAUUAGAUCAUCUACAAACAGAAAAUCAUUCAAAUGAAAUUAUAAUUACGUCAAAUGUCGAAUCUUUCGAUCGGCAAGUCGAGCAACCAAUCCAGUCCACUGUGCAUACAACAUCUCUAAUUCUCCCUGUCAUCAAUCAAUUUGAUCAAUGUCUUUUAAUUGCUAAGAAAAAAUUCUUUCAAAAUCAAGUUUUAGUUGAGUCGCCAGACGGUAUUGAAACACCGGAUAUUCUUGGUGCAAUUCGAGUUGGUUCAGUUUUUCAUUUAAAAGAAUCUGUUGGUUGUCAUAUAAUAGAAGCACUUGAGAAUGAAUGCGUUGACAAAUUCUUCAGAAAAUUUCGAAAUCACGAAAAAUUAAUUAUACUUGGGCCAACCAGUAUUCCUCGACUGGCAUUAUUUUCAUUUCUUAUUUAUGUACCAAUAUUUAGGAAAAAUUUUGUUCUGUCUUAUUAA